ACUGCAACUGUACUGAAGUGAAGUACUCAGUGCGCGUCGGUCGCACACAUAGACAGACGUAUUCAACAAUCAUACUUAACGCAUUGUGCAUCGCACGACUAAAAAUGUCUCGCAAUGAAGAGUUUCAAAGUUGGAUCAAAGAGGCGAUGCCAAAAAUCAUCGAGAGUUUCGGGCCGGAUAUCAGUGAAGUUCGGUAUGAGAUAACCGAGCCCACUAGCCUUCGCAUGUCCAGUAUGUACCACGCAUGCGUAAAGUUUAAAAAUAGACUGACGGACCAGAAUGAGGAACAUUAUAUGAUAUUGAAGAGACCCGCACAGGUAGAAAUCUGGAGACAGAUGACUGGUAGCGACUUUCAAUUUCAUAACGAAAUUUUGUUUUAUCGGAUAUACGCUCGACCGAAUGACAACCUCCCGAGAUGUUUUCACGUCGACGAGAAGCCUCCUACUGACUCGGUGAUUGCUCUGGAAAACGUCAAUAAACGAGGAUACUGUCCUUGUCCAUACAAAUAUGACGUUCCUUUGGAAUACACAUUGGCGGCGAUGCGCGAGAUAGGACGGUUCCAUGGCAAAGGAUACGUCAUGAAGGAACUGCAGAAGGAAAACUUGUUCGAAAUCGUGAGGCAGAUUCAAGAUCCCAGGUUUGAGGAGAGAGUGAAGUCAAUAAAUGAGUUUAAGCUUCUUUGCAACUCUCAGGCAACGCGAGCGGUGGAAUAUCUUCGCAGUCACGACCACGACGCAAUUUUCUGCGACAAAAUGGAAGCUUUACUCUCGAACGCGUUCGACGAAGUGAUGAUGAAGACGAUUAAACCAUUCGAACCUUUGUCCACGCUGUGUCACGGCGAUUUUACAUUGGAUAACACUCUCUUCAAGAUGGAAGAUGAUGGACAGCAACGUGCAAUGCUAAUCGACUUUGCGCUUAUUACAUACUCGACUCCUGUCGUCGACCUUUCCACGUAUCUUUGCCUGCACUGCUCGAAUGAAAUGAGAAAGGACAAAUUCUCCGAGAUAAUGCGGGCUUAUCACAAUUCAUUAAAAGAAUAUCUGCUGGAUGCCGGCGUUUGGAACGACGAGAAGUACUCGUACGACGCUUUAUUGGACAAUUACAAGAAAGGUGGUCUCUUUGGGUUUGUCAUCGCAGCCUAUUUCUUGCAAAACUUAAUGGGGUACAGCGAUAAAGAUAAACAACAAACAAUGGACUUGGAUUUCGUAGAAUAUCUCAAGUUGCUCAAACAGAAAGGUGGGGACAAAGUAUCCAAGAUACUAGCUGAUAUGUUGCUACAACUGAGGGACUUUGGUUGUUUAGAACACUUUUUAUAAUCAUAAAAUUUUUAUAUAUGUAUGUGACAAUACUGUAUUAACACUUAUGCUACUAUUAACGAAUUAGAGUAUUUAUAUUUUAUGUAGAGAGAAAAGAAAUAAUAAGUUCAAAAUUUCCAAGUAUACAAUUAUGCUUCAGGCUUAAGUUAUAUUUAAAUAAAAAGAAAGGAUCAGAAGAUCGUUUGUGUCGUAAAUAUAA